AGUCUGAUCAGCGGUCCGUCCGUCAUCCCACCGGUCAUUUCACCCGAUAUUACCGCUCAACGCUGCGAUCGCGCAUCGCCAACUGUAGGCCGCUAUUUCUCAUUAAAGGAGCAGAGGAAAUUUGGCGAUCAGGGUUCCGUUUCCAGCAGAGCUCUUCCUGCACCCCGUUUUGAGGUUCCGCUAUAUCAGGAGCGCGUUUUUUCCUGGAACGAGAGCCGCACAUCCCCCCGAACACCUCCCGGCCUGAACCCCUCUCCCCUAAUGACCGAAUCCUCAGCUACAGGCUACACCGUGGAAUAACGGAAAAUCAUCGUGAACCGCCUUCGUAAGGGAUUUUCUAGCUUUCCUACUCAAGAAAGCCGUUUUUCUGGUUGCCAGCACCGCCAGUCUCGGGCAGAACCAGGCAGAAUGCGACUUUUUCAACAUCUGUAAGGGUUUCUUACAAGAACACGUCCACAGCUGCCAAGUCAUCAUAUUCAAGGAGGUAUGUGUGAUUAACAGAUUUCAGAGGUGGGAUCACAAUCUCAGUAGGACAGAAACCCCUUCACUUUACCCACACUGUCUUCAGCCCAGCAGGAGUGAAGAUGAGGAGGUUUGCGUACUGUAAGGUGGUACUGGCUACCUCUCUGGUGUGGGUGAUGUUGGACAUGUUUAUCCUUCUUUACUUCAGCGAGUGCAACAAAUGUGAUGACAAAAAAGAGAGAGGACUGCCAGGGAGAGAAGACGUGGUCCCAAGGCCGCAUGAAGGACCGGGUGAAAUGGGGAAGCCAGUGGUGAUUCCCAAAGAACGGCAGGAAAAGAUGAAGGAGAUGUUUAAGAUCAACCAGUUCAACCUGAUGGCCAGUGAGAUGAUUGCACUCAACCGUUCGCUACCUGACGUCCGUCUUGAAGGGUGUAAGACGAAAGUGUAUCCGGAUGAUCUGCCACGGACCAGUGUGGUCAUCGUGUUCCAUAACGAGGCGUGGACGACGCUACUACGUACCGUUUACAGCGUCAUUAACAGAUCCCCGCGACAGAUGCUGGAAGAGGUGGUACUGGUGGAUGAUGCCAGCGAGAGAGACUUUCUAAAGCGACCUUUGGAGCAGCAUGUGAAAACUUUGGAGGUGCCGGUGCGGAUCGUACGGAUGGAGCAGCGCUCCGGUCUGAUUCGUGCUCGGCUGAAAGGAGCAGCGCUUUCCACUGGUCAGGUGAUCACCUUCCUGGAUGCUCACUGUGAGUGCACCGUGGGCUGGCUGGAACCGCUGCUCACUCGCAUCAGGAAUGACAGAAAAACGGUGGUGUGUCCAAUAAUUGACGUGAUCAGCGAUGACACGUUCGAGUACAUGGCGGGGUCGGAUAUGACGUACGGAGGGUUUAACUGGAAACUGAACUUCCGUUGGUACCCAGUUCCUCAGAGAGAGAUGGACCGCAGAAAAGGGGACCGAACACUGCCUGUCAGGACUCCUACCAUGGCAGGUGGGCUCUUCUCUAUAGACAGAGACUAUUUCCAAGAGAUUGGUACAUAUGAUGCAGGCAUGGACAUUUGGGGAGGAGAGAAUUUGGAGAUUUCAUUCAGGAUCUGGCAGUGUGGUGGAACGCUGGAGAUUGUGACGUGUUCUCACGUGGGUCACGUGUUCAGAAAAGCCACACCGUACACGUUCCCUGGUGGAACGGGUCAGAUUAUUAAUAAGAACAACAGACGUCUGGCGGAAGUCUGGAUGGAUGAGUUUAAGAACUUCUUCUACAUCAUCUCGCCUGGUGUGACAAAGGUUGACUACGGAGAUGUGUCAAUUAGGACAGCACUGAGACAGAAACUACAGUGUAAACCCUUCUCAUGGUACCUGGAGAACAUCUAUCCCGACUCCCAAAUCCCACGCCACUACUACUCCCUGGGAGAGAUCCGGAACGUGGAGACAAACCAGUGCCUGGACAACAUGGCCAGGAAAGAAAAUGAAAAAGUGGGCAUCUUUAACUGUCACGGCAUGGGAGGAAACCAGGUUUUCUCCUACACUGCCAAUAAGGAGAUCCGGACGGAUGAUCUGUGUCUGGAUGUGUCUAAACUCAAUGGGCCGGUAAUGAUGUUGAAGUGCCAUCAUCUGAAAGGAAACCAGCUUUGGGAGUAUGACCCUAUGAAGCUGACCCUGGUCCAUGUAAACAGUAAUCAGUGUUUGGAUAAAGCAUCAGAAGACGACAGUCAAAUGCCCAGUGUUAGAGACUGUAGCGGCAGCCGUUCACAACAGUGGCUCCUGCGCAACGUCACACUGCCCGAGAUCUUCUGAGCGCACACACAUAACACACACGUACACGCAAACACACACACACACGCUCAAGGACGUACAGAGAGAGACUGACGGACACUUUUCACCUCGGCUCUGGUGAUAAGAUGAAGAGAGAGAAGAAAGGCGAGUGGGAGAGGGUGUGGAUGAUUUUUUCUACACUUCUCUUUCACGUUUUGAACGAUGUGCACUUGAGAAGGAGCCAAACUAAAUCUGUACAUCUGUAAAUCUCCCAUCACUCCACUUUACUGAGAUGAAGAUUGAGAUGGAAAGAGACAGAGACAGAAAUAAGGAAAGGACUCUGGGUUUUGUGCAGAGACAUUUUAGUGCCCAUGUCUUCCUUUGAGAAGCUGAGGAUGUUUACCAGAAGGUUCCCUUAUAGGAUAUCAAAAUAUUGUGUGCAUGUGUGAGUGAGUAAUACUGAGACUGAGGAAAUAAGUGUUUUGAUAGUUUGAUCUUUUUUUUUUUUAAUUAUUAUUAUCAUUAUUCUUUUCAGAUUUUUAUGGAAAUAAGUACUGAGCACACGGGCUGAAACAGAUGUGUAUGUGUACAAUGUGUUUCCUGUUGGAGCUCCAGAUACAUGACAUCUACAUUGUUAUUUAUGUCCUUUUCUACCAGCAGGGCGCCAGUGCAUUUUUAAGCCACAGAUGAGUCGUUGUCAGCUGGCCGAGUUACACUUGAUGGCCAAAAGUAUGUGGACGCCCUCCUAAUUAAUUAAUUAAUAGAGACCAUGGUAGACUAGUGGGUAGAGCUUUGGGUUGAGAGUUCGAAUCCCAGCUCUGCCAUGUAUCCACGGGCAGCACGGUGGCUAAGUGGGUAACACAGCAAGAAGGUCCUGGGUUCGAUCCCCAGGUGGGGCGGUCCGGGUCCUUUCUGUGUGGGGUUUGCAUGUUCUCCCCGUGACUGCGUGGGUUUCCUCCGGUGCUCCGGUUUCCUCUCACUGUCCAAAAAACAAUUGCAAGUAAGGUGAAUUUGAGAUACAAAAUUGUCCAAGACAAUUUUGUGUUCGAUAUAACCUUGUGAUGUUAAAAUCCUUAUAAAACAAAACAAACAAACCAUGUAUCUGUUUGUGCCCUUGAGCACGGCCCUUAACCCUCUCAGCUCCAGGGGCGCUGUACAAUGGCUGACCCUGCGCUUUGACCCCAGCUUCCAAACAAGCUAAGGUAUGCAAAGAAGAAACAUCAUUGCACUGUACACAUGUAUAUGUAUUAUAUUCUAUAAUUAAUAAGUUCAGGUGCUUUAGCCUCCCUGACUGCUUACAGUUGUACAAAAUGUAAAAAAAACAGUGUCCUGUUCCAUCAUAAUUGUGCCCCUAUUCAAGAAGCAAAGUCUCUAAAGAUAUGAUUUGACAACCUUAACCUUGGUGAAAAGAACCUCCAGAAGCCUGCACUCCAGCUCACUAACCUUAACACCACUGAACACCUUUGGGGUGAAUUGGAACGUAAAUUGUGAACUAGUCCAACAUUAAUGUCAUACCUCAUGUAAUGACCAACAUUGUUUGGUGACCAAAAUGGUUUGGUGUCCUCAUACUUUUGGCCGUAAAAUGUAUAUGGUUCUUAGCACUAAAAUGCUGCUUGUCUGGAACCAAGUACCAGUUACUUUGAAGCAGUGAUUAGAAAGGAAACAUUUUACUGUCAAUUUCAGAUUACUCAAUAGCUAACAAAGAGCUACCAGAAAUGCUCUGAAAGGAUCUGAAGUGUGUGCAGAGUUUUAAAGCAUUUUGUUAGAACUUUAAUCUGAUAAACAACCAACAAACUAAAUAGAAAUUUCUACCAAAAC